UGCUUUACACUGUAUGAGACAGCCAUGGCAAUACAGAAGCACCACUGUAAACUCAGCAUCAACAUGUUGGUGCUUUUCGCCGUGGUCGUGUCGUUGUCACUUGCGUCCGCAUCUGCGGACCGUGUGCCGCGCACCUGUGGCACUUGCGAACCCAGCCUGUGCGACCCUCUUCCAGAGGAGGGCUGCAAGUCUGGCACGAUUUUUGACUCCUGUGGUUGUUGUUCACUUUGCGCGUCUGGAUCCGGGGAGCCAUGUGGGGGGCGCGGAGCCACAGCCAAGCGUUGCGCCUCUGGACUGGAGUGCGUAAAGAGCGACAAGGACAAAAAGACUAAGCUCGGCGUUUGCGCCUGCAAGACCAACUACGAAGUGUGUGGCUCGGAUGGGGUGACUUAUAAAACUGGUUGCGACUUGAAAGUUGCCAGCCUGAAAGCGGUGAGCGAGGAGAAGCCUGAAAUCAAGAUCCUGAAUAAAGGAAAAUGCUCAACAGGUGAGAAUGGGGGGAAUGGCAGAUAACGGUCCACUUAUUUUACAGAGCGCAGUAGUAGGCUAGUGGAAAUUGAAUUCUGUCUAUUUUGGAAACACUGCUUUUAUUUGGUGUAUCACGCUACAAUAAUUCUCAUCCAUGUCAUAUACAUUCUGGCCUGAUAGCCAAUAGUUCACCAAGGGGCCUACGAUAUUACACUUUGGUGUGACUGUUCACUUUCAUCUUGACUCAUCUCUUCCCCUCAAUCAGUAAGAGUUAUUAUAUUAUUUUUUUUUAUUUUUUUUAAAGUGUGAUAUGCUUGCUAUAAGCUUUCUGGCAUAAUCAAUAACCAUUUACACAAUGCAAAUAAUGUUAAUGUAUUAACCACCACUGAUGGUAUCUCUCUAUGACCUAUUGUCAAUGUUUGCCUAGCAUGAACUGAUUCUAAAUGGUCUUGAUUUGACUACUGUCCAAUGCACCAUCAACUUACAUUGUUGUUGUACAUCACUGUCACAAUACACUGAUUUGUCUUGGGACCCAUGCAGAGACAUGAGUGUUAUCUAGUUACUUGAUAGAAUAACUAACUGAGAACUAUGGAAAAUCUGUGGCACUGUCCGCUGGGUGUGGACAAGGUCUACAUCAUCCUCUAUCUUUAUAACCCUUCCAAAACAACCAGAUCAAACUAAAGCCAGCCACUGAACACGCUGAAAGCUGUUGUCUCCAGUCAGGGGUGGCACCCUCUAUAGAACAUAUAGCCCUGAACAGACAUGUCUGAGAUUCCACCCUCCAGGGGAAGGAUUGUACAUUUUGUAAAGGAGGAUGACUGUCGAUCAAACAGCAGCGCCUCGCCUACAAACACACAGACAGGCCCUGUUGGUUUAAAGCAAAGCCAGCAGUGUCUAGUUCAGUGAACCUUCACAUGAUUAAUUAUAACUGCAUGCCAGCUCUGGAUUAGGCAGGCGAAAGGGUUCAAGACGUGGAAAAAGAAGGCGGGAAAAAACCUGGCUAGCUGGCAGAAAAAGUCGAAUGGCCCCAGACUCUUGCUAAUUUGCCCAUAUACAACAGGGCGAGGUCAGACAGCCACUUUAGCUGCACCCUGCGGGCUCUCAGACAGGUCAAAGUUAACAUAACGUUAGAGGAAUGUUGGCCUUGAACAUUUAAAAAAAAUCAUUUUAGUCAUUUAGCAGGCGCUCUUAUCCAGAGCGACUUACAGUUAGUGAAUGCAUACAUUUUCAUACUCUCCACUCCAAGUUGUUCUUGUUUUCUCAGGGUUCAUUGGCCUAGGGCUGUGGUUUCAGGGGAGGAUUUUAUUGACCUUACUUAACUGGUGACAUUAAAUUUCACCGGAACUCAAAACAACAGGGGCCUCUAACUAUAUGAGUCAGCGCUUAUUUAUGAUCCUCAUUAUCAUAUCAUAUCCAUUCCUUGGGUUGGAGUACAUAGCAUUGAAAAGACAACAUAGUCAAUCUUCCAUAGGCCUGCUGUUUCGUCAUAACAUUGUUCUAAAGAGACCCUUACUUUGCAACCCUUGUCAUUCAAAGCCUAUUCAUCAUAACUAAAAUAACAUUUCAGUAAAGCUACGUUUUUGUCCACACUUGUGGAUCAAAUGUAAAGUAUUAUGUGCCAGAAGUGUGAUGUGAUGUAAUUGCAACAAAUUAUUUUCUUGACCCAUAGAAACUUACAGAAAAUUCUGUUUGAGCUAAACAGAUUGCCAGCUUUGUUUUUCAGAAUUAAUAAUAAUUUUAAUUGGUGCAAGUCAGCAUAAAGCCUGUCCCAAUGUUUCAAAGGCAAUUACAGUAAUGUCCAGUGUUCAUAUUGAGAAACUAAACAGAGGUCAUGUUGAACUAAUUCUGACUGGCAUGAGAAAAUCGAGGGGAGAAAGUAUGCUUAAUAUUUCAUCAAAUUCCUAACUAACAGAAUUAACUCCAAACUCCUUGAUGUGGUCCAUGUUAUAUCAGCUCCACCACUUACUGUAAGAUUCCCAUGAAUUCCUUUUGGAACGGCUAAAAGGACUGGAGCCGCCAUCUGUUCAUGUAUAACACGCUCACUCAUUUAUAUAAAACGCAUCAAUCGGAUCACAAACAUUACAUUCCUGCUCUGACAUUUCCGACCUGUAUCAUCUUGUCCCAGGGGAUUACACCAGAGCUAUCUCUGAUUCCGCCCAAGGUAAAGAUAAGUGUUACAGGUUGAUUUGAAGGAGAUAUUAAAUCCACUCAAUUGUCUCACCUUUUUUUCUUUCUACCUAUCCUCCUCUACAGCACCUGUCAUUGUCACAUCCCCUGGUGAGGUCUACAAUGUCACAGGCUCCCAGGUCUACCUGAGCUGCGAGGCCAUUGGAAUCCCCACCCCUGUGAUCACCUGGAAGAAGGUACUAGAAGGUUCAACAGUGAGGUCACUUGGACAUGUUCAAUUCAAAUUUGAAUCAACACUUUUCUAGGGUGUGGUACAAAAGAAAAGACAAUCGCCCCAUGCUUUGAGAAAACAUUUCUAUACGGGUGUCAGAAACACUCCCAUGUAUAGUUUAGUGUGAUGGUCCAAAUAACUGUACAUACGGUAGAUUGUUAAUGUAUUUUCCUAUGUCUAGAUAUUCAUACGUCCCCUGCCACUGAUUGUUGAUUUGGGCUCUAUAUUUGAGGACACAAUGGAGGAAAGCGAUAUGACCAUAGAGGAUAUGAAGUUAACCACACACUGACACAAUAGCACAGGACAUGAGGGGUUAGAGGGGAAAUCCUCAAUUAUUAUCAGAUCUUUACAGUCAAGGCUUUACUUAUACUCACGGUCAGCAGUCAACAUUCAUAACAUUUAAGAUAAAAAACAAAAAGGCAUGAAAUGCCCAUUGGUUUCACAUAGACAAUACAUCAGUGAGGAUAAUUGAGGAUGAGGCCAAGAAAAGAAUGAAGGAAAGGGGAAGGGAGCGGAGAUAAACAGGGCCAUGGAAAGGCAGGAUGCAUGACGUCAAUGUGGAGAACACAACUCAUCAUUCCUGGACAGACCAUGAAGAUAACCCCCUGAUUGCUUACAGCAAGAAAACAGAUAUAAUCAAGAUGGAAAUCUGGAAGUUUCAGGGAUAAACAAAAAUGUAUUCCUGCACUGAAAAAGAGAGAGCGGGUUUGAAUGUAUAUACAUUUUGACGUUGUAAGUAUGGUUUUAUUGAUUCGAUUAGCCCAAACGCCCACACUCUCGCAGCUCAACAGGAUGUUGCUUUUUUCGAAUGGAGCCCAUAGAUUUGAGAUUUGCCUUGACCUGUUAAAUCUGACCUAUUUAGCAAUCAAUGCCUAUGUAACUGGUGUUAGGGAUUUUCCUUUAAAGAGCCAGUCACACACAUUAAAUAGCAGAACUUGAGGAAUUAAGGGUAGGCUUAGCAACCACAUUCCUCUUUCUCUCGUAGUGGAGGGGCCCCAUUAUGUUUUAAUUACAGUAGCUAGUGGGCCUGUCAUGGUCCUAAUCAAAUCAAAUUUUAUUUGUCACAUGCUUCGUAAACAAACGGUGUAGACUAUCAGUGAAAUGCUUAAUUACGGGCCUUCCCAACAAUGCAGAGAGAGAGAAAAAAGAGAAAUAGUAUGAAAAUAUAAAAAUAAUAACACAAGGAAUAAAUAGAAAAAUAAUAACACAAGGAAUAAAUAGAAAAAUAAUAACACAAGGAAUAAAUAGAAAAAUAAUAACACACAGAAUAAUAACAAAAUGAGUAAUGAUAAGUUGGCUAUAUACACGGGGUACCAGUACCGAGUCCAUGUGCAGGGGUGCGAGGUAAUUGAGGUAGAUAUGUACAGUGCUUUCAGAAAGUAUUUAUACCCCUUGACUUUUUACAUUUACAUUUACAUUUUAGUCAUUUAGCAGACGCUCUUAUCCAGAGCGACUUACAGUUAGUGAAUACAUAUUUUAUUUUUAUACUGGCCCCCCGUGGGGGGGGUUACAGCCUGAAUUCAAAAAUUUAAAUGAAAAGCUGAAAUGCCUUGAGUCAAUAAGUAUUCAACCCCUUUGUUAUUGCAAGCCUAAAUAAGUUCAGGAAUACAAAUUUGCUUAACAAGUCACAUAAUAAGUUGCAUGGACUCACUCUGUGUACAAUAAUAGUGUUUAACAUGAACGACUACUUCAUCUCUGUACCCAACACAUACAAUUAUCUGUAAGGUCCCUCAGUCGAGCAGUGAAUUUCAAACACCAACUCAACCACAAAGACCAGGGAGGUUUUCCAAUGCCUCACAAAGAAGGGAACCUAUUGGCAGAUGGGUAAAAAUAAAAAGCUGACAAUGAAUAUCCCUUUGAGCAUGGUGAAGUUAUACAUUACACUUUGGAUGAUGUAUCAAUAUACCAAGUCACUACAAAGAUACAGGCAUCCUUCCUAACUCAGUUGCCGGAAAGGAAGGAAACCGCUCAGGGAUUUCACUAUGAGGCCAAUGGUGACUUUAAAACAGUUACAGAGUUUAAUGGCUGUGACAGGAGAAAACUCAGGAUGGAUCAACAUCAUUGUAGUUACUCCACAAUACUAACCUAAUUGACAGAGUGAAAAGUAGGAAGCCUGUAGAGAAUACAAAUCUCCCAAACAUGCAUCCUGUUUGCAAAAAGGCACUAAAGUAAUACUGCAAAAAAUGUAGCAAAGCAAUUAAAUGUUUGUCCUGAAUACAAAGUAUUAUGUUUGGGGCAAAUCCAAUAGAACACAGUACUGAGUACCACUCUCCAUAUUUUCAAGCAUAGUCUAGGCUGCAUCAUGUUAUGGGUAUGCUUGUAAAAGGACUGGGGAGUUUUUAAGGAUAAAAAUUAAACGGAAUGUAGCUAAACACAGGCAAAAUCCUAGAGGAAAACCUGGUUCAGUCGACUUUCCACCAGAAACUGGGAGGUUAAUUUACUUUUCAGCACGACAAUAACCUAAAACACAAGGCCAAAUCUAUACUUGCUUACCAAGAAGACAGUGAAUGUUCCUGAGUGGCCGAGUUACAAUUUUGACUUCGAUUUACUUGAAAAUCUAUGGCAACACCUGAAAAUGGUUGUCUAGCAAUGAUCAACAACCACGUUGACAAAGCUUGAAGAAUUUUGAAAAGAAUAAUGAGCAAAUGUUGCACAAUCCAGUUGUGGAAAGCUCUUAGAGACUUUCCCAGAAAGACUCAAAGCUGUAAUCGCUGCCAAAGGUGAUUCUACAAAGUAUUGACUCAGGGGUGUGAAUACUUAUGUAAAUGAGAUUUCAUUUUAAAUAAAUUUGCAAAAAUGUCUAAAAACUUGUUUUCACUUUGUCAUUAUGGGCUAUUCUGUGUAGAUGGGUGAGAAAAAAUCAAUUUAAUCAAUUUUGAAUUCAAGUUGUAACAACAAAAUGUGGAAUAAGUCAAGGGGUAUGGUAACUUUCUGAAGGCACUGUAUGUUGACAAUGCUUUUUGUCACAUGCAUCUGUCAUUUGUAUUUUUCAUUAAAUUUUUAGCUAUGAUUCUGCUUUAUUACAGCAAAACAUAGACUCCUGCCUUCACUUAUGUCAUGCAUUAUAGUUCCUCGCACUAGGCCUAAUAGCUCAUGCAUUAGGCUACUGUACAUCUAGGCCUAUAUUUUUAUUUUAUUGAACCUUUAUUUUAUCAGGGAGUCAUACUGAGACCAAGGUCUCUUUUACAGAAAAUACACACAUCAAAAUAUAAAUACAAAAUGCAAGCAGAAAGAAAAACACGGUCAUAAAUAACAAACACAUUCAUCAGUAAUAAGGUCCUCAAUCAGCUUUCUGAAUUGCCCUAGAGGCACCAGAACAUCAAAUUUAAGAACAUUUUGAAGAUUGUUCCACAAAUAAGGUGCAAGAAAACUAAAAGCUGAUUUACCUAACUCAGUAGUAGAGACCAAAGGAAUUUCCAGAGUUAGCCAUUUCUGAGACCGGGUGUGGUAACUCUUAUGUGUCACGUUGUAUGAUGAUUAGAAGACAGGCACAGGAAUGCGUAUUAGGGGUUGUAUUACUCCACCCAACACAAACACACAUAUAUAUACAUACAAAAGGGAUGUAACCCAAACAAUGAGCGAGGUGUAACCUCUACACAAUACACGGGACGAGACCCGUAAACAACCAGCGCACAAUACACGGUACUCACGAGACCAACGGACAUGGGCCAAUAAUGGACAAGGACAAUGGGGAACAGAGGGCACAUAUAUACACAUACUAAUCAGGGGGAAUGGGAACCAGGUGUGCGUAAUGAGACAAGACAGUCCGAGGUUGGUGGUAAUGAUCCAUGUCAGUGACGCCUAGAAAGCCGGUGACGUAGACCUCUGGAACUGGUGAACGGUAGCGGUCGGCCUGUUCCUUGUGCCGACGCACGGCCCGCUGGAGACGAAUGUGCACAGCGUUCCAGAUCUCCUCAGUGCGCCGAAACCACUCGUCCACCACAGAGACCUCGGUCUGGCUCGGAUGCCAAGGUGCCAGGGCCCAAGGUAGAAAAUCCGCCCACUCCCCUGGCCGGUCCUGACAGUAACACCUCAGGAACCUGCCCAUUUCCCGAUUGACCCUCUCCACCUGCCCAUUAGCUUGAGGAUGGUACCCGGAGGUGAGACUGACCGUGAACCCCAGGCAUUCCAUGAACUCUUUCCAUACGCGUGAGGUGAACUGAGGAACAUGGUCUGACACAAUGUCCUCUGGGAUGAUACGGAACGGAGGGAUGAUGGGGGUCUCCUCUUCCUGCCUCUCCUCUGCCUGUGUUGGAGCAGGGGAAUUCCCUGGCUUGUCACCUCCUCGCCUAUUAGUUGAUAGAGGGCAGGUCGGGGAGAAAUGACCCCUUUCUCCACCAUAGGAGCAGAGGCCUAGAUUCCUCCUUCUCCUACGCUCUGCCUCGAGCAAACGUACAGAGCACACCUCCAUCGGCUCUGGCCACGGAGCAGGUGUAGCCAUGGGCUCUGGAUUCCGCUCAGGUCCUCGUCCGGACCGCAGGAGGUUCUCCAACUGGAUCGCCAUGCUGAUGAGCUGGUCGAGUGACAGGUUGUCAUCACGGCAUGCUAACUCCAUCUGUACCUCCUCCUGCAGUCCGCUGCGGAACAUGGUGACCAGAGCCGACUCGUUCCAUCUGGUGGAGGCCGCGAUGGUCCGGAACUCCAGGGUGAACUCCGAGGUGGUCCUAGAUCUCUGGCGUAGUCGAAGUAGACACUCAUCCCACUCUCGGCCCUCCACAGGAUGAUCAAACACCGAGUGGAAGAGGAGGGUGAAGCGCUCGAGAACUCGACCUCGGGUCCGCCCGUUUCCCAAACCGCGGCACCCCAGUCCAGGGCCCGUCCGGUCAGUACCGAGAUGACUGCGGCAACCCUGUCUCUCCCGGAGACAGCCUCGGCGUAGCGAGCGAGGUACAGGUCGCAUUGCAGAAGGAAUCCCUUGCAUCUCGCUGGUGCGCUGUCAAAGCGCUCCGGGAGGGACAGGGGUAUUCUGUGGACCAGCUCAGGGAACGGAGGCAGGUAGUGGUGGUGUGGGGGCUGGUGCCGGAACCAGUGCUGGAGACUGGAGGGACUGCAGGCGCAGGAAUACGUAUUAGGGGUUUUAUUAUUCCUCCCAACACAAACACGUAUAUAUAUACAAAAGGGCUGUAACCCAAACAAAGAACGAGGUGUAACCUCUACACAAUACAUGGGACGAGACCCGUAAACAACCAGAGCACAAUACACGGUACUCACGAGACCAACAGACAUGGGACAAUAAUCAACAAGGACAAUGGGGAACAGAGGGCACAUAUAUACACAUACUAAUCAGGGGGAAUGGGAACCAGGUGUGCGUAAUGAGACAAGACAGUCCAGGGUUGGUGGUAAUGAUCCAUGUCAGUGACGCCUAGAAAGCCAGUGACGUAGACCUCCGGAACUGGUGAACGGAAUGAGCAGCAGUACCGGGGGGAUCCGUGAUAGUAUGUCUAAAGUCAAUGGGUAUGAUGUCUUUCUGAAGGCACUGUACAUAUAGGUAAGGAUACACUUACUAGGCAACGGGAUAGAUAAUAAACAGUAACAUCAGCGUAUGUGAUGAGUUAAAGGAGUUAGUGCAAAAUGGUCAAUGCAGAUAUUCCUGGUAGCUAGCCAUUGGUUAACUAUUUAACUAACUAUUUAGCAGUCUUAUAGCUUGGGGGUAGAAGCUGUUCAGGGUCUUGUUGGUUCCAGAUUUGGUGCUUCGGUACCGCUUGCCGUGUGGUAGCAGAGAGAACAGUCUAUGACUUGGGUGGCUGGAGUCUUUGACUAUUCUCAGGGCCUUCCUCUGGCACUGCCUGGUAUAGAGGUCCUGGAUGGCAGGGAGAUUGGCCCCAGUGAUGUACUGGACCGUACGCCCUACCCUCUGUAGCGCCUUGCGGUCGGAUGCCAAGCAGUUGCCAUACCAAGCAGUGAUGCAGCCAGUCAAGAUGUUCUCAAUGGUGCAGCUGUAGAACUUUUUGAGGAUCUGAGGGCCCAUGCCGAAUAUGUUCAGCCUCCUAAGGGGGAAGAGGCGUUGUCGAGCCCUAUUCAUGACUGUGUUGAUGUUUGUGGACCAUGGUAGUUCCUUAGUGAUGUGGACAUUGAUGAACUUGAAGCUCUCAACCUGCUCCACAACAGCCCUGUCGAUGUGGAUGGGUGUGUGGUCGGCCCUCUGUUUCCUGUAGUCCACGAUCAGCUCCUUUGUCUUGUUGACAUUGAGGGAGAGGUUGUUGUCCUGGCACCACCCAGACAGGUCUCGGACCUCCUCCAUGUAGGCUGUCUCAUUGUCGACGGUGAUCAGGCCUACCACUAUCGUGUCGUCUGCAUGAUGGUGUUUGAGUCGUGCGCGGCUACGCAGUCGUGGGUGAAUAGGGAGUACUGGAGGGGACUAAGCACACACCCCUGAUGGGCCCCCGUGUUGAGGGUCAGUGUAGCGGAUGUGUUGUUGUCUACCCUCACCACCUGGGGGCGGCCCAUCAGGAAGUCCAGGAUCCAGUUGCAGAGGGAGGUGUUUAAUCCCAGGGUCCUUAGCUUAGUGAGAAGCUUUGGGGGGACUAUGGUGUUGAACGCUGAGCUGUUAGAGUGAAGGUGAUGACUAUGACCGGGUUAAGUCCUAUCUACUAUGGAGAACUAGAGCCUGGAGACAGUAAUGUCCGGGCCUCCUGAAGAACAGCUCUCAGCUUGCCUCAAAAGCCCCUCAGAUAGAGUUGAUUCGAUUAGUUAGUUAUUAAGUUAACUGUUGUUUUCCCAGGUCACCAGCGGAAAACAGAGAAUGGAGCUGCUUCCAGGAGACAGAGACAACCUGGCCAUUCAGACCCGUGGAGGACCUGAGAAACAUGAGGUCACGGGCUGGGUCCUGGUGAGUCCAACCAGCCCACACACACAUAAACACACAGAUAUGCACACUACUUGAAAUAUUUUAGCUGUCAUACAGACUUGUGGAUCUUCCCCCACAGACACAAAUCAGUCAAAUACCUCAAAGACCACACACAGAGUUAGUAAAGGUAAAAAUAUAGCAUAGGGUGGAAGAGUUAUGUAUUAGAUAGCUGACCAUUAUUUAUGCUAUGUAUUUAUAAUUAUAAAUUGGGACGUUCGAGCCCUGAAUGCUGAUUAGUUGAAAGCCGUGGUAUGUCAGACUGUAUACCACGGGUAUGACAAAACAUUUAUUUUUACUGUUCUAAUUACGUUGGUAAUCAGUUUAUAAUAGCAAUAAGGCACCUCGGGGCUUUGUGGUAUAUGGCCAAUAUACCACGGCUAAGGGCUGUAUCCAGGCACUCCACGUUGCGUCGUGCAUAAGAACAGCCCUUAGCCGUGGUAUAUUGGCCAUAUACCACAGCCCCUCGUGCCUUAUUGCUUAAACAUUACCUGAGGCACAUUCCAAAGUUAUCCAUGAACGCUACUCAUUGACUUGUUCUGUUCAGAGCCUCUACAUAACAGAGAGUUUAAUAGAAAUGCAACUCCUUCGUCAAUGUCUCAGUGAAUGAACAGAAAACAUUGGUUGGCCCUGUUCAGGGGUUAGAGCUAUAUCUAGCUCUUCCUCCCUCUCUUUUCGCUCUCAGGAUUCCGCUCCCCUGCUGUCAAACAUCACAUUCUUUCAAUUUCUUCAUCUCAGUUCAGAGUAUUUAUCUUCCAUGAUGAUUUGUUACCAUGUUUUCUUCAUUGGCCAUCUUCCAUUGUAGAUGUCUGUACUUGUGAGAAGUAAAUGUCUAAACACCUACACAGGUGCAAGCCGGCACUGGACAGCAGUUAUACAACUGCAAACAAUCCUGAACGCUUGAAAUGGCACCCAUGCUCUGUCGAAAUGAGCCGAGUUUGGCUGGGAGAGAGAGUUUGAGGAUGUGUCUGUGUCCCUUGCAGCUGCUUGUUUACUGCAGACUAUAACAUGUGUUCUGCUAAAAAUCACAUUAGGCUAUAAUAACCGCCGCCACCAUGCUUUUCAGAUCUCGCCGCUCACCAAGGAAGAGGAGGGUUCGUACGAGUGUCACGCUGUCAACGUCAAGGGAGAAGCCUCAGCGGUGGGCACCAUUCACGUGGUGGAGUCCAUCGAUGACAUCCCUGUCAAGAAAGGUACUCAAGCGCCCCUUCUCUAUCGCACUCCUAUUUUACUCUUAUUUCUACUUUUUUUCAUGUUAAAUCUAAACCCACACACUAUGGCACCAAAGGUCAUAUCUACCCUUUAUACAUUGAUUUGUCUCUUCAGGUUUGCAUGAGCUGUGUCUGUACAUGUGCGUCCUUGUAUGGGUACAUUCAGUGUGUGUGUGACUUAUUUGGAAUUCAGGCCCUCUAGCCUGUGGUGACCAUCCCGUCUUGACAUGUUUAGGAUUGCCUGCUUUGCUUUUGGCUUUUGGCUCGGCCCACAUCACUUGGCUCUCUUGACAGGGCUAGAUGGUUGCCUUUACAAGGCGCGUCUCACUGGGGUUGACACAUGCACUUCAUUGACCUGCCUUUAAAGCUUUGCUCCAUGGGAAAGAACCUGGAUGUUUGAGUGAAAACGCCAUCAGAUCCCAAUGAAAAGGUUAGCUCUACCUUUAGGUGAUCUCCCAUCCCUGGUGGUCUGUGAUGAUGGAUACUAUUAAAAACAACAAACCAUUUCCAAGGCACGCUCUCCAUCGUGCAAGAUCCUAAUCACUUCUCCCUCAUUACCAGUGAUCUAAAAAGGAAUCAGGGCUAGGAAGGCGAUACAAAUCUGAUGAAAACCGAUCCAAGUAUUCAGGUCUUCCCCAUCAUUGGUCAUAAUUUGUAUGUUUUAUUUAUUUAAUAUUUUUUGCACCUUGGGUCUGAGAAAAGCGCUUUACAAAUUAAAUGAAGUAUUAUUAUUUAUUAUAAACAGUACCAGUUAAGGACCCUUACCCUAGACAUUCCACUUACCUCUUUAAUAAAUUAACUUGCCUCUUUAUUAAAUUCACUUACCUCUUCAAAAAAUGUACUUCCCCAAUAUAUGUCAUCGUGUUCUUGUCUGUGUCUCUUCCAGUGGCCAAGGAUGAUGAGCUGUAAGGCGUCUCAGCACAGCAGGGACUCAGUGGUGGAGAGGAGGGAGCAGCCCCAAGCCCCCCAUCCUCGACUAUCCCACCGCUGACACAAGUAGACUUGUACACUGACUGAGAAAGAGGACCAACACCCAUUAUUAGCAUCACAGAGAUCAAUCAUAUUUAUAAUUGAUUUGCUAUUUGAUAACAAGUCACAGUUUUCAUAGUUAUAUUCAGUAUACUGUGUAUGCACAAACAUCAAAAUUGCAUCUCACGGCAUUGAAAGUUACCAUCGUAGACAUCCACAAGACACAUCUAGGCCUCUCACACACAUUAUUUCUUCUCAGUGGCAUCACACACAAGUCAUUCUUUAAUAUGUACAAGUAACUGCCAAAAUAAUUGAAACACUUGAGUAAAUGAGGGAU